AUCCUGUUCGUCAUCAUUGCCAGCGACGACCACAACAAUCUAGAAUGAUGAUGUACCCUUCCAGUCCGGAAGCUGCGACCCGUCUGCUUGCCUUCCUGAACGCAUCGCCGACGCCCUUCCAUGCCGUUCACAACGCUGCAGUCCGCCUUGAGACUGCUGGUUUCCGAAAGCUUCGGGAGCUAGGCAACUGGGACAAAGAGAUCAAGGCUGGUGGGAAGUACUAUUUUAUUCGGAACCAAGCAGCUCUUGUCGCGUUCACUCUCCCUCCACAGUGGCAGUACGGUUCCGGUCUCAGCAUUAUUGCGACCCACGUCGACAGUCCUAAUCUACGAGUCAGACCAGUCUCAAAGAAGGCCAAGGCCGGUUUCCUGCAAGUAGGUGUCGAGACGUACGGCGGAGGAAUAUGGCACUCGUGGCUAGAUCGUGAUCUCUCUUUGGCUGGACGCGUCGUCGUGGCUGACUCCACUGGGACCUUCAAUUCUCGAUUGGUCAAGAUCGAUAGGCCACUUCUCCGGAUUCCAACCCUCGCUAUUCAUCUGGACAGGAAUGUGAAUGAUAGUUUCAAGUUCAAUCAAGAAACAGAAUUCGUUCCUAUUCUCGGUCUUAUCGCAAACAAGUUGAAUAAAUCCCAGGACUCCACAGACACACCACCCACAGAGAGCAAGGCUUCAAGUAUUCAAACCAAUCAUCAUUCACAACUACUGUCCGUCAUUGCCGGAGAGCUAUCUGUCGCCCCGGAAGAGAUCCACGAUUUUGAAUUGUCAUUGUAUGACACGCAACCAUCAGUGCUAGGAGGCCUGGACAAUGAAUUUGUUUUCAGUCCGCGUUUGGACAAUCUUUUCUCCUCAUUCUGCGCAGUAGACGCUAUGUGCGAGAGCGUCUCUGUUCAAAACAUACCAAACGCUGAUGGGAACGUAAACUGCAUCGCUCUUUUCAAUCACGAAGAGAUCGGAAGCGUCUCAAUGUCUGGUGCUGAAUCCAACCUCAUACCUUCCCUCCUCAGUCGGCUCUCUCCCACACCAGGAGCACUUGCUUGCUCCAUCGCUAAGUCAUUCCUGAUUUCUUGUGAUAUGGGGCACGCCCUACACCCCAAUUUUGUCUCAAAGCAUGAAGAAAAUCACACACCUUGUAUCAACGGGGGUGUCGUUAUCAAGACGAACGCCAAACAACGCUAUACCUCGGAUGCAGUGAGCUCGUUCGUCGUUAAGCAGCUGAUCGAGAAGAAAGGCGGUAAGGUCCAAGAAUACGAAGUCAGGAAUGAUAUGUCUUGCGGGUCUACUGUAGGACCUCAUCUGUCUACCAUUGGCAUGCGCACUGUCGACAUCGGCCUUGCUAUGUUGUCCAUGCACUCUAUUAGGGAGACUGCGGGGUCUCAUGACGUCCAGAAUGCCAUAGACUUGUUUACCUCAUUCUUUGAAGGCUUCGCAAAGCUGGACAAAAGUUUGACAGUGGAUUGAGUUCCACACCGGCUAUGUGGAGUUGGGAAUGACUGUUCACUUGGGGUUGCACAGACAGAAAUACCAGAGAAUAUCACCAUCGAUCAAUCCUGGGCUCUGCAUACGCAAUAUCAGUUCAGAUGCUCAAUAUACUGUGUGAUACUAAUCAUCCAAAGGUACCCCAACGGACUUAUGGCAUGGGAGCCUGACGAUGCUCAAUACUCAUCGCCUAAAGGUAUCCCCGAUGCCCUGCUAUCACCUCUGAUGAACAAAAACAAGAUGCGACAUCAUCGUUUCGAUUUCUUGCCGGGACCUGGCCUUGAACUUGAAUCAGACAGCAUGUUGCGUUUCUUCGCCGUCCGUGAGUAAUGUGCCAAAACCCAUUCCCGUUCGGCCUCCGACUGUUCAAUUGUGCCUUGUCGGA